UGACAGACUCCAGGUCUAUCCACCUCAUUACAAAUAACUCAGUUUCAUUUCUUUUUAUGGCUGAGUAAUAUUCCAUUGUAUAUAUGUGCCACAUCUUCUUUAUCCAUUCAUCUGUUGAUGGACACUUAGGUUGCUUCCAUGUCCUGGCUAUCGUAAAUAGAGCUGCAAUGAACAUUUUGGUACAUGACUCUUUUUGAAUUAUGGAAAGAUUAUACAGGUAGACACCUUUCUGUGCCCCAACUGGGGGAAUAAGGCUUUCCCCUUACAGACUCUAGCCAUGGGCUUGCAUUCUACCCAAAUCAUGGAGAUGGACCACAAACGUCUCUAUGGGUUUCUGAUGGACACAGUGUGAUGUAGCAGACAGUAGAGUUUGAAGCCAGAAACUUAGGCUUCUUUGUGCCUCAGUGUCCUUAUCAGUAAACUGGAGAUGGUAAUACCCACCUCACAUUAUUAUUGUGAGGAUUAAAUGAGAUGCUAUGUAAACGCACAUGUUAAGCACUAAUAUUUUAUUUCUCUUCCACUAUGACAUCCAAAAUGGAGAAAUCACUCCAUCUGGGAAAGUCAGACAGACCCCAUGGAGGAUAAGAAUCCAGUCACUGCACAGGAACAGAAAUUGGGAGAACAGGGCAUCUCAUGUCACAAGACAACCAAUGAUAAAUCUAAUUUGAUUAAAUUGAGGCAACACCAGCUGACUCCAGCCUAAGGUGACCAAUCAGCUGUCUAAGUUUUCUGGGGAAUAAGAGGUUUCCUGGGACCUGGGACUUUCAGUGCUCAAACCAGGAGAGACAGAGGCAAACCAGGAUGAUUGGUUACCCUGUUUCUCCAGCAAUAAUUAGACUAUCAACAAUUUUGGAUUGUCCUUUAUCUCAGUGGGAAAGAUUUCCCCCAGAUAUACAACAAAAGGUUCAGAUGUGAUUUUUUUUUAUGCCCUUAGGCUAUAUUUGUCUUUCUCCUUUCCUCCACUGCCAAAUGUCUCCAAAAAGUCAUCUCCACUCAGUGUCUUUCUGCUCAGCACAUGCCUUCUCUCAAAGUCACUCAUCUGGGGUAGCUCCAGAGCCUGGCAGGAGAUCUUUAAAUAGCAACAUAAAGCAACAGCAUCUUUGUUGCCUGCCUGCGUUGCUUUUCUUUUCUCUUACAGGAAUAUUUUCAAAUAACCUCAAAGAGUUGGAGAGCAAUAAGACUCUACCACAAAUGUUCCCAGCUUCAAUAACGCUGUUGCUAAGAACCAUCUUUAUAAUGCUGAAGGAUAAGAAAUGAUUGACAACAAGGACCUACUGUGUAGCACAGGGAAUUAUACUCAAUAUUUUGUAAUAACCUAUAAGGGAAAAUAAUCUGAAAAAAAUUGAUAUAGAUGUAUAUAUAUAACUGAAUCACUUUGCUGUACACCUGAAACGAGCACAACAUUGUAAAUUAACUAUUCUUCAAUUAAAAAAAGGAGAAGGAGGAGAGGAAGAGGAAGAGGAAGAAGAGGGAGAAAAAGAAAUGAUUGGGCUUAGAGCUCAUCACUAUUGUCCCUCCAGCCAGACACAUGCCUGCUGAUAGGGGCAGAGUUCUCACUACAUACACUGAGUGCACAGAACUAGCCAGGGCUGCUUUGCCCUUGCUGAACACUGGGCUCAACUUUGUGACAGAACCCAGUUGGCAAAUAUGAAGUUGGACAUUCCUGGUGCUGUUAGCUUUUUUCACAUAACCUUACUCCAUUUGUGAUCUGCCUCUUCUUCCCCACCUAAAAACCAACAGGGGACCCUGAGUCAUCCAGAGUCCAUUCUUGAUGAAUGUCUGUUAUGAAUAGAAAGCAGAUGAUCACAUUCUCCCAGCCAGGGCACAGGCCCUGCCAACAUUGGAGUGUGUGCUUAAUAGCUUUCUCCUCUACUCCAAACAAACACUAGAUUUUGAAUGGCCAAGGGUCCCACCUCACAGCUGAAAUGCAAAUGCUCUGGCAAGAGCUCUUUGGGGACCUGCCAUGAGCAGUGGCAUUGUCAUCCCUGUUCUUAACCUCACAGCAGCAUUGGAGGCCAUCACUCACCCUUUCCUUUACAUCUGGCAACAUAGUCCUGACUCUCUUAGCUCAUUGGUCUCUCCUUCUCUGGCUCUUCUUCUUCUUAUUGUCCCCAAAGUGGUCAUACUUAGCCUUGUACUUCAUGGCUCAGAUUUCUAUUCUGUGUUCUCACUUCCCCAGUUAUGGCUUCCUCUUACUUUUAAGUGGAUAAUUCUCAAGUCUGCAUCUCUAUAUUCUAACCCCUCAUCUUCCCACCCACAUGAUCUGUCAUCACCUAAAGCAACUUGUAUUACACUCGCUGGACCCAUUUUUCUUCCCCAAACAGUUCCCUCCUUAGACCUCUAUUUUUCUCAGAAUUACACCCAACAUUCUCUCUUCUUAGUUCACCUUCUUGGCAUCACCUUUGACUCUUCUUCCCCCAUCUCCAGCCAGAAACAAAAAUGUUAGUUGAUCUUCCCUUGUAAUGUCUCCUGCCUGUCUCAUCUUGCCUAUUUCUACUGUCAUCAGUCUCACAAUCUCAGCCUCCAUCAUGUUCUCUACAUAGCAGUUUCUAACUCCAAGUCUUUCCACUCCAUUCUUCCACUACUACUGGUUAACGCCCCAAUUACAAUGGUAAAUGGUUCCUUAUUGAGUACCAAAUAAUUCUAGAUGCUUAAGCCUAACAUUUAUGAAUUUCUACAAGUCCAUAAUGGGCUUUUCUCCCCCAGGAGUGAUCUGGAAUAUGGCAGGAGCCUACCUGAAUGUUAAAUUGUAUGUUAAAAGAUCAAGUAGCUAGACUCUUGCACCCAAAAGAUGUGCUCUUUGCCUGAUCCUAUUCUGCUCCAUCUCAGUCCUACCCUCACAGCCUUUCCACUCUGCUCAGCUCCCUCUCUGAUUAAUCUUCUAGUUAACCCUGAAGCUACUGAUGGUCAGGCUGACUAUUAGGGUCAGAAUCCCUAAGAGGGAUUCUGGCGUGAUCCCUCUUUCACACUUAUAGUGCAUGCGUCAGAUGGGGAAUGUGUUAAGAAUGUAAAUUCCAGGAUACACCCUUCGCUCAGGUCAGGGGUGCAGCCAGCAUCUAUAGCAGUGUAUCCAAUAGAGUAGCUACUGAACACUUGAAGUGUAGCUAAUAUGACUUGAGGAACUGAAUUAUUAAUUCUAGUUCAUUUUGAUUAAUUUAAAUUUAAAUAGCCACAUGUGGCCAGUGGCUACCAUAUUGAACAGUGGGGAUCUGUAUAGUUAACAAGAAUCACAGCUGAUUCUAAUGAACAAUAGUGUUUAAAGCCACUUUAACAAGCAGUCCAGGUGACCCUUAUGCUCACUUACUGGUACAUAGUAGGUAAUCAAAAAUGUUUGUUGAAUGAAUGGAUGAACAAAUGAAUACACGAAUGAACUAGCAUACAAUUUCCUUGAGAUUUAAGGCUGUCUCUUCUAAAAAAGAAAAGUUGAGGGGGACUUUCCAGAUGAAAAGAGGCUAAAAAGAUUUAACAAACAAAUGCAAUAAAUUAACCUUAAAGGGAUCCUGGUUCAAAACUGAGUUGUUUUUUAAAAAGUACAGAAGAUAUUUUGGGGAUAAUUGGGGGAAUUUGAAUAUAGACAGCAUGUUACAUGAUAUUAGAAAAUUAUUUUUAGUUUGCUUAGAUGAGAUAAUGUUACUGUCGUUACAAAAAAUGUCUUUAUUCUUAGGAAAUACAUGCUGAAGUACUUACAGAUGAAAUGUCAUGACAUCAGCAACUUGUCUUCAAGUGGUUUGGCAAAAAAUAGUUACAAAGCAAGAAGAAAUUUGGAAGCUAUGCGCAGGGGGUGCAGGCCUCCACCAGGGCAGCACAGGCACUGUAACAGAUGCUUCAACCGUCACUGCCACAUGCCUGUGGAGCCUGGUGUCUCCUGCCUGGUGAUAAACUGCCACCUGUCCUGCGGCGCUACCUUCCACAUGUGCAAAGAGGCAGAGCACGAGCUCUUGUGCCCUUUAGAACAGGUUCCGUGCCUCAACUCCGAAUAUGGCUGCCCCCUUUCCAUUUCCCGUCACAAGCUGGCUAAGCACCUGCAAGUGUGCCCCGCCAGCGUGGUCUGCUGCUCCAUGGAGUGGAACCGCUGGCCAAACGUGGACUCUGAAACAGCCCUUCACGAGAACAUCAUGAAAGAGACCCCCAAUGAGGAGUGCUUGGACACAGCCCUGGCCCUCCAAGACCAGAAGGUCCUCUUUAGAUCUCUGAAAAUGGUAGAACUUUUCCCAGAAACUAGAGAACCCGUGGAAGAGGAACCUACCAUGAAUGGUGAAGCCAGCUGGAAGGAAACGGAAGGAGCGGUGGGUGGCACAGAUACUGGUUUGGUAACAAGCGGCUCUCUGUCAACCACCAACGGAGAGGUGGCAGAGCUGAGUCAAGAAGAACGAGAGGUAUUAGCCAAAACCAAAGAAGGGAUGGACCUAGCCAAGUUUGACAAGUGGGAAAAUAUGUUCAGCAAAGAGCAUGCGGCCUCUGCUUUAACGAGCUCAUCAGUGAGCAGUGAGAGCAAGAGCAGGGAUGGCCCAGAGAAAGAACAGAUUUCCAGCAGCAACAACAUGGUAGGAGAGAGCGCUGCCAAAGGGGAAGAAACACAGGAAGACCAGAAGCAGCGGGACUUUCACGCAGCCAUAGAAAACUCAGGGCUUGCCCCUUGGCAGGAUGGUGUUCUGGAAAGACUGAAAACAGCUGUGAAUGCAAAGGACUAUAAUAUGUACCUGGUGCACAAUGGGAGGAUGCUUAUUCACUUUGGUCAGAUGCCUGCUUGUACACCUAAAGAGAGAGACUUUGUUUAUGGCAAACUUGAGGCUCAGGAAGUGAAGACUGUUUACACCUUCAAAGUUCCCGUGAGCUACUGCGGGAAGCGGGCUCGCCUCGGAGACACCUUGUUGAGUUGUAGGCCAAGUGAACACAAGGCAGUAGAUACUUUGGAUUUAGGGAUCACUGUGGAGGACCUGCCCAAAUCAGAUCUCAUCAAGACCACCCUGCUGUGUGCUCUGGAAAGAGAACUCAAAGGUCAUGUCAUCUCUGAAUCCAGGAGCAUUGAUGGGCUGUUCAUGGAUUUUGCUACACAGACAUACAGUUUUGAGCCAGAACAGUUUUCCUCCAGGAUGGUGCUGGCUGACCUUCUAACCACUGCCAACCUGAAUGGGCUCCAUAUGGAGCUCCACAGUGAGUGUGUGACCAGGAGACACAACAAGAGCAGUUCUGCCUUUACUUUCACUUGCAACAAAUUCUUCAGGAGGGAUGAAUUCCCCCUACAUUUCAAGAAUGUCCACACAGACAUUCAGUCAUGUCUCAAUGGUUGGUUCCAGCACCGAUGCCCCCUUGCCUACUUGGGAUGUACCUUUAUUCAAAACCAUUUCUGUCCCCCAGGGCAAAAGGCAAAAGUAAUCUAUAGUCAGGAGCUCAAGACCUUUGCCGUCAAGCCGGAGGUUGCUUCAGAGCUGAGUGAGGGAGGGAACAACCAUCUCUCAGGCCGUGAAGGAAAAAGCCAGAAUUCUCUAACCAGCCUGCCCCUGGAGAUUUUGCAGUACAUUGCUGGGUUCUUAGACAGCAUCAGCCUAUCCCAGCUCUCCCAGGUGUCCGUGCUGAUGAGGAAUAUCUGUGCCACUUUGUUACAAGAGAGAGGGAUGGUCCUCCUGCAGUGGAAGAAGAAGAGGUAUUCCCAUGGAGGCACCUCGUGGAGAGUUCACAGAAAGAUCUGGCAAUUCAGCAGCCUCUUCUCCAAAAUCAAGGGCUGGGAGUUUAAUGAAGUUGCCUCCAUGUCUGAGCACCUGAAGUCCUGUCCUUUCAACGUAGUAGAACACAAGACUGACCCGAUUCUUUUGACCAGCAUGUGUCAGCCCCGUGAGCAGGCUGGAGAGACUUUAGUCACCACCUUUAAAGCCAGACCAAGAGGAAGACACACCUACUAAAGGCUCAGAAGCCACCAUUCUUGGAUUCCCACUCAGGGUUACUGAAAGUUUGACAGAGUUUGGUUUUGAGGACUUCCUUCUGUAAACUGCAGAUGUGCUUAUCUGGGUGUGUUGGAACAUGCAAUGUCCUUCAAAACCUGAGCAGCUGCACAAGGCCGAAGAAUUUCCUAAGCCAUGGCUUGUGUAACUGCUAUAGUGCCAUACUGAUAACUUAUUUCCUCCCUCCCCCCCCACUUUUUUUCUAAAAUAAAUCAGUCUGUGAAGUAUUUUAAAUAGGUGACUUGAGGCCAUUUGGAAGAUGAGUCCAAGUCCUUAGGAGAUGAGAGAGCCGCGAAAUUCCAUAACCAGCACAGGCCUGUGCUUUUGUGGAGAGCUUUUCAGUUUAUAAGCACUUCCAAUGAUAUGGAGCAGGCAAUGUAGGGAUGGGGACUGACAUGCCUCCCAGGGCACCCAGGGUGAAGGGCACAGUUUGAAGUUUCUGGAGCUGGGGUUGUCUUGACGGCCAAGUCCAGGGCUUUUUUUAGUUGCCCCACUGCCUCUAAGCCCAGACAGUCCAAACAGCCCGAAGGAAUAGAGACCCAGGCUAAGCACAACAGCCUCGAGGACACCAAAGGCCAAAGGAUGAGAGGUGGAAAUGAGGUCCUAGAAUGAGACUGCUGUGUAGAAUCUUGGCAACAUAUAGAAGGACAGCCUUGAAAAAUGAAGAAGAAUCCAGAGGAGAUAUUAUAUUUAUGGAGAAAAUUAGGACCAAAAGCCAGAGCCUACUUUCAAACAUUUUAAUAGUGACUUGAGAGUCAAGGUUCUUUUCCUCUGAAAAUUAUAUUCUCCGUCUGGAUUAGGGAGAGCACAGGCACGGGCCAGCACCACCCUGGGCGCAGUGAAAUGAUCACGAGACACUAACACCAACUUCAGUGUCAUGUCAGAAUGCACAGGGUAGCCCAAGGAGACCUCGCAUUUGGAAAAGUCCAGACAAGGCCUACUGCAGCUCCUGUGUUACCAGUCGCCAGGUCCUAGACAUCACUUGAGUACCCCAUCGGGAAUCUUGAGAAGGAAGACAGCUGAACAUAGUGAUUCCCUAUAAUUGCUCCUACCUAUUGCUGGCCAUGACUGCAUUCUGUCAAAAAUGCGUGACACUUCUGGGUUUUGGUAACAAAUAGUUAAAACUUAUGAGAACAAAAUUAAAAUAAAAAUACACAAUAGAAACUGGCACCCCCUAAAGCAGGGUUUCAUGGAACUACUGACAUUUUAGACUGGAUAAUUCUUUGUGAUAAGGGACUGUCCUAUGUGUUAUAGGAUGUUUAGCAGCAUCCUUGACCUCUAUCCAAUAGAUACCAGUAGCACCCCUACAGCUAUAACAACCAAAAAUGUCUCCAGACAUUGCUAAAAAUCCUCUGGGAGCAAAAUCGCUCUUGGCUGAGAACAACUGCCCUAAAGAAUGAUAUGCCAAUAGCAGUAAAUUAGGAUAAGCUUUUUAGUACAGCAAAUUCUUAUCUCACAUAGUUAUCUACAAUGGUCAUAAUUUCAUGCAGCUCUUCUUUCUUUACCAAAUAGGUUUUAGACACAUGAUGAUUUUAAGUUGGGAACCAAAUGGAGCUGGUUUGUUUGUUGUGGCUUCACCUCCUUGGGUCACAGUGCAAAAAGUAUAUCCUAUCAGCUCUCCAAGUAUAGCUGAAGCCAGAAGGUUGAG